AUGUCUGGCUUGACCAUAAAUCGCUCCGCAACGCGUUUGUCGAGAUGUUGCAGUCGUUCCAAUAGCUGCUUUGGGUGUGAUCCUGCGUCUGAAGGAGGUUUAAGCAGGCGGUGUUCGUCGGCCAAGUCAAGCUUGUGGACAUGGUCUCUGGGGAUGAAAGAAGUGAACCGGAGGUUACCAACGACCUUGAUGGCAAACAUGGACUCGUGUGCUCGAGAUAUCGAAGUGUCUAGGUUGAUAUCGUGUUCCUCCUGCGAGAAAAGGACAAGAUCAUGGGACGGACCAUUUGCUGGUGACGGGGAGCGACUUAGUCCAGUCAUUGGUGAAGCAGAGCCAUCACUCGAUUCCGGUGCUAUAGAGGCGAGCGGGCUGUCAAAGCCAGUUGGCCGUUUGACUAUCAUGGUGAAAGCUGGAUGCAGAUCAUCGUCCUCCUGGUCUCCAUUCAGGUGGAAUGCACCAUCCGGCGCAGAGACAGUUCGGUUGAUUGGCGGUGCCACAUCUGGUGCUUUGCGCCGUCGGGAUAUCAUCGAAGGCGAGCGCCGAUGGUUCCUGGCCGCCGCAUGUGUUGCGAGUGGCGCUUGGGCUGUUGACAGUGAGGAACCAGUCGAAUGCGGGUCGACACCUCGCGAGGCGCAUUUUCUGCCUUUUCUCGCUUCCACUUCGCCGUCUCGUACUGUGUCCGUAGCGUUUCUGCCUCAAUCUCGGCCUCCAGCUUGGCCAGCAUGGCAUCUCUCCGCUUGUGCAUCACUUCCGCCUCUUUCUUGUUUAUCACCUGAUUUCGACGCCGGCGGAUGGGUCUCCCGUCUGUCUACUCCUCUGCCACGUUUUGCGGGUUUCGAUGCACUCAAGGGGUCAUCAAUAGCUCCAGUAUGGACAGUCUCGCGGCCUGCGUCUUCAACAUCUGAGGCAAAGUCUCCCAUAGGACUUCUAGCCCGGCGGAUCGCGCUCAGGCCCACUCGUCGUCGCUGGACUCGUCGCGCUCCCGCACACUCAGCUCUAUGUGUUUUUGCUCCACCUCAUCUUGAAGCUCCGCCAGCUCGAUCAGUUCGAGCAACAACCAGGCCUCGUGGAUCCGGUGGAAAUGGCUUGCAAGAGCAUGCUUCUCAUCUCCAAGUGCAAGGUACGGGUCGGGUGGGAUCGUCCAGGUCUCAUAGGACUCCAUCAGUCUGGACACAGCGGAGCUGGAUUUGUGUUACAAGGGAGAGCAGUCGACAACAACAGCGACAUAUUCAACGAGCAAACAAGACUGGACAACACCCCGGUCAGACACGUGAUGGAGGCCUCCGCCGCGCCUUGACAUAG